UCAAUCAUAAACAUGGCAUUCCUCAGUUUUUCCAAAAAUACAUCACUCUUCAUUGCACUUGUGUCGGUUUUGGCCUGUUCGGCUUUAGCCCAUGAGUUUUCGAUCCUAGGAUACGCACCAGAGGAUUUGACCUCCAUUCAUAAGGUCGUCCACCUUUUUGAAUCAUGGAUUGCUAAACACAGUAAAUUCUAUGAGAGUCUAGAUGAAAAACUACAUAGGUUCGAGAUCUUCUUGGACAACCUGAAGCAUAUCGACGAGACUAAUAAGAAAGUUAGCAACUAUUGGCUUGGGCUUAACGAGUUUGCUGAUAUGAGCCAUGAAGAGUUCAGGAGCAAGUUCUUGGGACUCAAGGGUGACUUACCUGAGAGGAAAGAAGAAUCCAUUCAAGAAUUUAGUUAUAGAGAUUUCGUUGAUUUGCCCAGGUCGGUGGAUUGGAGAAAGAAAGGAGCUGUUGCACCAGUCAAGAACCAAGGCCAAUGUGGUAGUUGUUGGGCAUUCUCAACGGUGGCUGCAGUGGAAGGUAUAAACCAAAUCGUGACGGGGAAUUUAACUGAGUUGUCAGAACAGGAAUUGAUCGAUUGUGACACAAGCUUCAAUAAUGGCUGCAAUGGAGGCCUCAUGGAUUACGCAUUUGCUUACAUUAUGAAGAGUGGGGGGCUUCAUAAAGAAGAAGAGUAUCCUUAUAUCAUGAGUGAAGGCACAUGUGAUGACAAGAAGGAUGUAUCCGAAAAGGUGACAAUAAGUGGAUAUCACGAUGUUCCCCAGAACAACGAAGAUAGCUUUUUAAAGGCACUUGCAAACCAGCCGAUUAGCAUUGCCAUUGAAGCAUCUGGUCGCGAUUUCCAGUUCUACAGUGGGGGUGUGUUUGACGGGCACUGUGGGACCGAGUUGGAUCAUGGAGUGGCAGCCGUUGGAUAUGGAACAACCAAGGGCCUGGAUUAUGUCACAGUGAGGAACUCUUGGGGACCAAAAUGGGGAGAGAAAGGGUACAUAAGGAUGAAGAGGAAGACAGGGAAGUCCCAAGGAAUGUGUGGUAUGUACAUGAUGGCUUCUUACCCUACAAAACAAAAGUGAAUGUUCCUAAAUCUUCUAUAUGGUCCUAGCUUCAACAGCUAUUUGUAAUGUUUCUAUAUUCUUCUGUACUUUUGAAUUCAUGUACCAAUGUUUUUGUAUACCUUCUGGAUGACUUAGAUCCACUAUAAUCAUAAGUCCUGGUUGCAAAAAAGUCAACUAUUUCUUUUAAGUACAUAUAG